AUGUUACCAUCGCUGUUGAGAAGAUCGCUACGGCAAGACAUUGCAAGAAAGGUGGCUCGCAGAUGGUGGCGAUGCAAUCACAACAAUAAAAGAGUUGUUUCUGUGUCGAUCCCACGGGCCUUUUUUGCAACCACUGCGAGCGCCAAUGAUGUGGACGAUCCAUUUGAGCAAACGAAGGAACAGAGUGGUGGUGUAGCACUUGGUGCAACCGACCAAUGUUCUCAAUAUCAUGAAGAAGAAGAAGAAGCAGCUCUACUGCUGAAGGACCUUCGAGGUGACUUAUCCAAAGCCAUGGAGGAGAUCAUUUUGCUGGUCGAAGAAGAAGAAGAAAAGGUGGAGGCAGAACAGAGGCCAAGCGACGACGACCAGGCUCAAGAUGACGACGACAAAGCAGAGAAUGACAAUAUUCUUGACCAAAGAAGAGAGAAUGGUCUGCGUGAACGUUUUGCCAAAGCGUGGAGAAAGCACGAGAUGAAGAAGAGGCACACUAUGGGGAUAGCAAAUAAUAUCACUCCUGGGAUGGGCUGGAAAACGUUUCUUGGAAACCACCACGAGUUUGGUGGAGAUAAGGAACAAUCCUUUCCCGAGGAAGAAAAUUUGUUGGUGAACAGUUUGGACGAUCUGAAAUUAUCUUCUUCCGCUGGAGCACAACAUUUGCAUCCAUCAAAUGAUAAUGAUAUUCUCAGUUUUCCGGGGAAUGAGAUGACAUUCGCAGAGCUGAAGAUCCCAGAGCAACAAUCAUCAGCACAAAAGGCACUUGCCGACCUUCCUUUCCCGAAAUUUUCCUUGGAUUCGACCGCAGCAGGCGAACAGAAUAAAGUUGCCUUGACCGAUGAUGAUGAUGAUGGGAAUGUCGAGGUGGACGAAUCCAUGCGAAGAGAGACUGCCUCUUUUCAUCCACAAAUUCAUGGAUUGGAAGACCAGCUGCAACCAUCCAUGGCUAUUCAGAGCCAAUCGGAACUGGAGAAGUUGUGUGUAUUCCUAGAGUCCAUGAGACCUUCGGACUGGGCGGUAGUGGAUACCCAAGAUUACCACCACGAGCAUUUUGACGAUGACGACAAUCAUUUUGACGAUGAUGAUCACAACCAUGAGGAUAUGGACAUUUUUGACACUGGGAAAAGCCAGGAUGAGGACGUUAUAGAAGACGAUAUUGAAAGACUGCUGAAUCUGGCCUUGAACACGACGGAUGGCCUUUCGACUGAAGAAUACAACUUGAUCUUGGCACGUAUUUCCACAGCCCCCAAUCUCGUUUUGGACUCCAUUUUGGAGUCGCUGUUGCAAGUCUACCACGUGAUGAAAAAGAAUGCCGUGCCAGAUGAAACAACCUACAAAAUACUGCUCUUGACUCUGCAGAGACGAAUGGCUGGCAAUGGGAUCAUGGUUUCGCUUCUAUUGCAGGACAUGAUGGAUUUCAAGGUGACACUGUCAUCGGAUGCACUUCUUGUGAUGGGUAUGACCUGUCUAGAUCAUGAGAAUAACUUGAGGGUUGCCAAGCGCUUUCUCCUGGACUAUGCAUUGGAUGCGGGCAGGAGAAACAGAAGAUUGCCCCAGUCUUGUACACGGACCCUCAUGAAAAUGAUGUCCAGGGAAGACAGUGUAGACGACGCCAUUUCCCUCUUGAAGUUGUGUAUGGAGGUAAAUGGCUUGAGGCACAGUCGUGACACGGAUUCAGUUGUCGAUGUAGCUUUUCAAUGGCCAGACCGCAACAGGGCGGGACAGAAACGUGACAUUGUGCAUGUGCUCCGAGCAUUUCUGGAAGUCAUCCUUGACAAAAAGAAUAGAUUCAGAUACGAGCCAAGUUUCAAAUCUUGGCAAAAUAUCAUUGUGGCAUUGUCACGGACGACACGUGCUGACCCCACACGGUGGGAGCUGCUCAGGCGACCAUUUCAUGCGCUUUUUCAGCAGAACCAGAGUUUCUACCCAGGGGAAACCUUGCUGAGAAUAGGACUCGACUAUUGUGAUGCCACAGGAGACUCCAAGCUGGCGCGAGACCUCAUAGUUCGGUCUGUUGAUCAUCAUGUUCGUUCCAAUCAAACAAUGCCGGCCAGUCCGUGGGGCUACAGUAACAGCCACGAAAUCAGUAAUCAGGAUUCCCUUGAGCAGGAAACACUCGAGUCAUUGAACAAUCCACCCGUAUAUAACAACGAAGAGUCGUCGACCCCAUUGCAAACUCAAAACGUUCAGUUUGCUGGAGAUGUCUUCCACAGUGAAUACACGGACACAAACUUGCACGGCAGCUUCGAAACUUCGUGGUUCACCACCCAAAAUGAAUUUGGCACGAUGGAGUUAGAUACCGUUGAUGAAACUAUGACGCCGGAGGCAACGGCGACCAUCGAUUCUGACGUGCCCUGUCAUGAUAGUGGUACUGCCCAGCAAGUUGCCCCUCCGUUGCCCUUCAAAGCUUUUACAAAAUCUCUCAGAGUUUGCAUAACCGCAGGGGAUGUCACGAAUGCGAGGUCUAUUCUGGAAGCGUUUGGACGACUGCCGUCUGUGUAUCCCAAAGACAUCGAAUCCGAAGUUUGGGGCUCGGCCCUUCGUGGGUUUUCCAGCUUGGCCCUGGACUCAAGUCUUGUCAAUGAGAUCUUUGUACAAAUGAAGCAAAAGGGGCUGAAGAUCGACGAGGAGGCGUAUGCUGCUGUUUUGCACUGUUACGCUGUGGGGAAUCAACCAGAAGAGGCCAUGAAGUUGUUUCAAGAAAUGAAAUUAGGAAUGUUCCACGACGAAGUCCAACCAGGCUUGUCAUGUUAUAAUUCGAUGAUUCUGGCUUGCGUUAAAGCCAAGGAUUAUGGCAAAGUCAUGGAGCUUUAUGAAGAAUUGAAAGCAUCUGAAACUGCUACGAAUGACGCUACUACGCAGGGUGUUGUCAUUGCUGCACGCCGUAUGGGAGGGAAAGAAAAAGCCCGGCUUGUUCUGCAGGAAGCAUUGUCUGCGAGUACCGUGGUCAGCCGAAACAAUUGUCAUGUGGCAUUGAAGAUACUAAUGCCAGACUUAUUGUCAGGUAGAGCCUUUCGUGGGUCCGCUGAUGUGGCACAUGUUCAGGAGAUGCUAAGGGAACUGGGGCUGGAAAACGAGAUGCUUCGACCGGCAUGUCUAGACUUGAUGCGGUCAUGCCGUCAGGCAGACAUCGAACAGCGGCGCACCCCUACGAAGCAUGUUUCCGCGAGUGAUCUUGCUUCUCGACGUAAUGCAGCCUGGAAGGAAGCACUUGAAGACAUCUUACAAUUGGAUGAGGUCAGAAGAGGGCUAAAAGACGGCCCUGUGGUGGAGAGCGACCGCCCAGGAAAGGAGGUCUCUUUUCCCGCCGCAUGA